CUCUCUCAUUAUCACAUCAAGUACUUCUCCUGCCACAACAUCAAUUACCUCUUCAACCUCAACUUCUACGACUUCUUCCACCAUAACAUCACCCACCUUGACCACCGCAAAAUCAACUAUCCAUACUACCACUACAACUUCCACUCUCACUACAUCAUCUACUUCUUCCUCGACAUCAACUAUCUCUUCCUUCACUAUUUCUCGUUUUACUACAACCACAUCAACUUCCUUUAGAACUUCACCAUCAACUUCGUCUACUACCAAAACAUCAACAACCUCUACAACAACUUCAUCAACUACCUCUUCUACCACUUCAUCAACUGUGUCUUCCAUUACAUCAUCAAGUACCUCAAUCACCACACCGACUAUGUCUACUGCAUCAACUACCUCCUCGAGUGAAACAUCAAUUACCUCUUCAACUACAACAUCAACUUCCUCUACCACCACAUCAACUACCUCUUCCAUUAUACCAACUACAUCUCACACCAAGUCAAGUACGUCGGCAAUAACGAAAUCACCAAGGUCUUUCACAUCAACUACGUCGACCACAACAAUAUCAGCUAUCCCUACAACUACUAAAUCAACUAUGCCUACAACUACAAAAUCGACUAUGUCUAACACCAGACCAUCAAGUAUGUCGACUACUUCAACACUAUCUUCAACUACGUCAGCCACCACAAUAUCAACUUUCCCUCCUAUCAGCACAUCUACAGCCACUAUCACUAUCACAUCGUCCACCACACUAUCAACUACGUCUCUCACCACAGUAUUAAUUUCUUCUACCACCACUAUGUCCACUACCUUUAUCUCGACUGCAUCAACUCCCUCUGCCACCUCUACUUCAACUAUGUCUUCCACUAAGACAUUGAGUUCCUUUAUUACCACAACAUUAACUACCUCUUCGAUCAAAACAUCGACUACUUCUUCAACUUCAACAUCAACUACGUAUUCAACCAUAAUAUUAAGUACCUCUUCCACCACAGUAUCAACGUCCUUUCUACCAACCACAUCAACAUCAAGUACAUCUAUGAAAGCAUCGACUGUCUCUACCACCUCCAUAUCAACUACCUCUCCCACCACCACAUCAUCUUCCUCUACUACAACAUCAUCUACCUCUUCCACCACCUUAUCAAGUACCUCUUCGAUGAUAACAUCAGCUACCUCUUCCACUACAACAUCAACUCCCUCUAGCACCACAUUAUCAACUACCUCCUCCACUGCCACAUCAAGUACCUCUUCCACCAGAACAUCAACUAUCUUUCCCACCACAUCAUCUUCCUCUACCACCAUAAUAACAAGUACCUCUUUGACAGUAACAUCAAGUACCUAUUCCACUACAAGAUCAUUAUCAACUUCUUCGGCCACCUCACCAUCAACUAUGUCGACCACCUCGCCUUCAAUUACCUCUUCACCUUCAACAUCAACUUACUCUACCAUCACAUCAGCUACUUCUACCGCCACUGUUUCAACUCCCUUUACCACCACAACAUCAAUUUCCUCCCCUAUGAGCACAUCUGCCAUUAUGACAUCAACCACUUAUUCCACCAAACAUUCAAUUACGUCUUUCACCACAGCAUCAACUUACACCACCGCAACAUCUACAACUCGUGCCACCACCACAUCAACUACCUUUACCACCACUGCUUCAACUAAGUCUUCCAUUACAACAUCAAGUACCUCUACCACCACAUCUACAUCCUCAACCCUUACCACAAUUAUUUCUACCACCAAUGCAUUAACUUCCUUUAUCACGUCCUCAUCAACUACCAUAAACAAUUCUACAUCAACAACCUCUCUAUAUACGUUAACUACUUUUACGACUACAUCAGCUACCUUUAUCACUACAACAUCAACUACCUCAUCGAUUGCAAUAUCAACUACCUUAGCCACGAUAUCAACUACGCCUACCACCACAUCAACUACAUUUUUAACUUCAACAACAACUACAUCUACAUCCUCAACAUCAAGUAUUUCUUCGACUACAACAUUAAUUAUUUCUUCCGUCACUUCAGGUACGUCUACCGGCCCAACGUCAAUUGGGUCUACCACCACAACACUGACUACAUCGUCAACUACAACAUCAACAAGUUUUUCCACCACAACAUCGGUUUCUUCUGUCGCCAGAAAAUCAACUACGUCUGCUACUUCAACCUCUACGUCUACAAUAUCAAGUAACUCCUUCACUACGUCGGCUAUAUUUUACACCGCAACUUCAACAACCUCUAAAACCAUUACACCAACUGCGUUUACCACCACUAAACCAACUACCUCUACCACAACUACAUCAACUACCUCUACCACAACUACAUCAACGACGUUUUCGAUUACAACAACAACCAACCAUACAACUUCAGCAGUUAACUCCACCUCUGCUACAUCAACUUCUCCCUCUACAACAUCAGCUACCUCUUCCACUAUAUCUUCCACUAUUUCGACUACCUCUUCCACUUCAACUUCUACUUCGUCUAUCACUUCCAUAUUACAUACCUUUCCCACUAGAGCAUCAACUACCUAUAUCACCACAAUAUCAGUUUCCUCUUCCACCACAAUUUCAAGUUCCUCGUCGACUGUAACAUCAAGUACCUUUUCCACUUCAACAUCAUAUACCUCUACCACCGCAAAAUCAGGUUCAUCAACGAUUAUAUCAUCAACUACCACUACCACCACAGUUUCAACAACCUCUCUCACUAUCACAUCAACUAUUUCUGCCACAACAACAUCAACUGCCUCUACCACCAUAAUAUCAAGUACCUCUUCAACCACAACAUCAACUGCCUCUACCAGCAUAAUAUCAAGUACCUCUUCAACCACAAUAUCAACUACCUCUGCCACCGCCACAUCAACUACGCUUAUAACAACAUCAACUAUCUCUCCCACAACCACAUCAUCUUCCUCUACCACGAUAAUAACAAGAACUUCUUCCACAAUAACAUCAAGUAACUAUUCCACUACAAGAACUACUUCUACCACAACAAUAUCAUCUACAUUUGCCAGUACCACAUCUAAUACUUCUGCCACAACAUCAGUUACCUCUUCAAUCUCGUCUACCACUUCUUCAACUAUAACAUCAACCACUUCGACCACCACAAAAUCAACAAUGUCUACCACCGCUGCAUCAACUCUCUCGACCACCACCACAUCAACUAAUUCUACCACCCCCACAUCAACUACAUCUAUUACAACAUCGACUGUCUCUGCAACCUCCACAUCAGCUACCUCUCCCACCACCACAUCUUCCUCUACUACCACAACAUCAACUUCCUCUACCACCACAGUAUCAGCUACGUCUGUCACUACAACAUCAAGUACUUCUCCCACCACAACAAUUACCUAUUCAACUUCAUCUACCACUUCUUCAACCAUAACAUCAGCUACCUCGACCACCACGAAAUUAAGUACCCCUACAACAACAAAGUCAACUACGUCUACCACAACUCCAACUAACUCGGCCACCACAAUAUCUACUUUUUCGGCAACCUCACCAUCAACAACCUCAACCACUAAAAAAUCUACAUCAGUUUCACCGACCACCAACAAAUCUACAUCUACCCCGGCCACCAAAAAAUCUACAUCGACCACCCCAUCCACCAAAAAAUCUACAUCUGCCCCGACCACCAAAAAAUCUACACCAUCUACCCCGACCACCAACAAAUCCACAUCGUCUACCUCGACCACCACAAAAUCUAAAUCAACUCCCAGAACCACCAAAAAAUCUACAUCAUCUGUUCCAACUGCCAAAAAAUCUACAUCUACUCAGAUCACCAAAAAAUCUACAUCAUCUACUCAGACCACCAAAAAAUCUACAUCGUCUUCCCCGACCACCAAAAAACCAACAUCAUCUACCUCAACCAUAAAAUGUACAUCAUCUACCCCAACCACCAAAAUAUCUUCCUCUACCUCGACAACCACAAAAUCUACAACUACACCGACCACCAGAAAAUCUACAUCUUCUACCAAGACCACCAAAAAAUCUACAUCAUUUACCUCGACCACCACAAAAUCUACAUCAACUACCCAGACCACCAAAAAAUCUACAUCAUCUUCCUUGUCCACGACAAAAUCUACAUCAACUACCUGGACCACCACAAAAUCUACGUCAACUGCCUCUACCACCAAAACACCUUCCUCUACUAUCACACAUCUACUGCCACUAUAA